AUGUGUAAUGUCCUUUUUUUUGCAUAGGUUCUUACCCACUGUAUAUACUGAGCAUAACUUCUGCCAACCAGCUCAAAUUUUCUUUUUAGACUGUGAUGAUGUCCUGCAAAUACACCCUUCAGGUGCCCCAAGUGGUCUUUUCAGUAUCAAGCCAGCAGAAUCCAGUAAGUUUGUUUCUGUUUACUGUGACCAUGAGACCAGUUUGGGAGGAUGGCUUUUGAUCCAGCAGAGAAGUGAUGGAUCAUUGAAUUUUAACCGGACAUGGCAAGACUACAAGAGAGGUUUCGGCAAGGUCAAUGGCAAAGGGGAAGGAGAAUUCUGGCUAGGUAACGAAUACCUCCACUUGCUCACUCAGAGGGAGUCUGUCCUCCGAGUAGAACUGGAGGACUGGGAGGGAAAUGACGCAUAUGCUGAAUAUAACAUCCAUGUUGGCUCGGAGGCAGAAGGGUACAUCCUGCGGAUUUCCUCCUAUGAGGGAAGUGCUGGGGAUGCACUGAUCGAAGGUUCUGUGGAGGAAGGGACUGAGUACACGUCUCACGCCAACAUGAAAUUCAGCACCUUUGAUAGGGACAAUGACCAGUGGGAGGAGAACUGUGCUGAAAUGUAUGGAGGUGGCUGGUGGUACAACAACUGUCAGGGAGCAAAUCUAAAUGGUAUCUACUAUCCUGGAGGGCCUUAUGACCCAAGAGACAACAGUCCUUAUGAGAUUGAGAAUGGAGUGGUCUGGAUCCCUUUCCGAGGUCCUGACUACUCCCUCAGGACUGUUCGCAUGAAGAUCAGGCCUCUAGAAACCCAGUGGCCAGAAUAAGGGGGUGGGGAAAGAGGGUUCUGUUGGUCUGUUGCUUUGUGUUGUGGAGCUGAAAAAGAAGACGCCAGAUGGAAGGAGGAGUUAGGGGGAAUGGGUCUUUCUGAGUCCCGACAACUCCCAGGUGCUACUUGAUUUCCCUUUGUACUGUAGCUAUAUGCAACUGAGAUAUAUUUGUAUUUCUAAAAAUAAAGUUCUAGAAUUGUUUCAUCUCUCAAA